CUGUCAGCCUAGUUUUUGCAGUGUGUCCCGCACCAUCAGCACUUCAGCGGCGGCAGCUUUUUGGCCGAUUGAGCAUGUUGAAUCGGCGGUGGAGCUUGUCGGUGAGAGAGAUCACUCUGAUUGGCUGUUCAGGUUUUAUUUCCUCGCCCCUGUAGCGAGUGAAUCUGCCUGUAGUGAAACCGGGGCUAACCGGUGCUUCCUCCUCAGGCUCCACUUCACUCAGCUGCCCCACAGACCCGCUGCUUCUUCCCACUUUAACCUGAAUAACAAACCGGAGCUAGCUGGGAGCGGCUAGCGGAGCGUUAGCCGCAGCAUGACCGGAGGGAAGCACAGCCAGUUAGCCUCCGCUAGUCUCUGAGCUAGCCCCGGCUCUCCGUUUGGAUCCAACCGGAGCACCGAGCCCUGGUUUGUUAUUCAGGUUAAAGUGGGAAGAAGCAGCGGGUUUAUCGGGCAGCUGAGUGAAGUGGAGCCUGCGGAGGAAACACCGGGACCGUCUGGAUGUAAUAGUCCGUGGAGGUGCUGCGGUGCUCGGCUGCACAGAUAGGAAACCCCUCGGCUGACAGGAUGUACCACUCUCUCACUCCUCUCUCUCUCACGCAGGCGCAGAACGUACGUGCUACUUGGCCGUCGGAUGUAGUCCGUGUAGUGUGUUCAAAUGCAACUGACACAGGGCGACGUGAGGCGACGUAGACGACGCAACAGUUGGCUUUCGUCGCCGCUAGUUCUUUGAUGUCGGUUUAGUGUGUCCGCACCUUAAGAGGAGAGUGGCUCUGUUGACGGCAGCAACAGGAAGUCAGGACGGUCUGAGAUCUGACCCACGGCACAGAAAGGAUUGAACGGAGGUUGUGUUUGAACGAUGUGACACAAGAACACAGAUCAGCAUCACAAGCGUCCUCUGAGUCUGAGCUUUUCUGAGCUGUGUUCACAAGUUGGUUUAUUCAUUGUAGAUCUUUACAACAGUUCACUGACACAACAAAGCAGACGCGACUUCAAGUACGACGCAAAUCUGAGUCCAAACUCUACAGUUGACAGCUUGCAGGUUGUUGUUUCCUGAUGCGAAGGGAGUUCAGAGACAGUAACACACAGACAGCAGACGGACGGGAGAACGCCGGCCGAAACAAGUGUCGGACAGCAGGUUUACAGCCACAGUCUACUUCCUUUGAGUCCGGUGAAGAGACAGCUGGCGAGCAGACAGAGAGCGUCCGGCUGGAAACUAAAUGUGAUCUGUUGACGUGAGAGGCGUUCAGGAAAUCAUGUAAAGAGAACAGAUGUCACCAGGUGCUUUGAGACUUAGAGCAAAUCGUCACUGUCGGAGCAUUUAUCAGACUCCUGAUGGACGGAGGAUGUUUUAAUAGAUGAAUAAUUAGAAUAAAAUAAAAUUAAUAGAUGAAUUCAGUGUCUUUAAAGACUUGUAAGUAUCUGCAGGAACGCCUGGUGUUAAAACACUUCAGUGUGUAUUUGUGCGACAUCACUGAGGGUCCUCACAAGUCCAUGUGUCCUGCCUGCGUGUGCUGAGAUGAAUGGAGGGAACGUGAGCGCAGCCGAGGGAGGAGAGUGUGUGUCUGAGGACACACGUGGCUCAGAGGCGUGACUACUGACAACACACGAGCCUCCUCCACAGUCCACAUGAGGGAGGAGGAGGGAGGAGGAGGAGGGAAACAGAGCAGCAGCCGGUUGACUCACAUUAAACUCAGAGGUGUGAUCUCCUACGUGGGUUCAUGUGGAGGCUCUCCGGCUCGGACCAGUCCAGUCUCUAUGUACAGUGAGAACUCCAACUCCCAGCCCUGCUUCACCUCCUCUUCCUCCUUGUCCUCCUCUUCGUCCCUCAGCAGCAGCAGCUCAGGCUCCGCAGGAGAAGAUGGCUCCUCCUCAGCAGGAGGUUCACCUCGAGGCCGAGACGACAGCAGCGGCUCCCUGAGGGCGUCGCCCAGCAAGUCUGUGGCCAGUCUGACCAAGCUGAACAGCAUGGUGCUGCUGUGUAAAGUUUGUGGUGACGUAGCUUCAGGUUUCCACUACGGAGUUCACGCCUGUGAAGGCUGCAAGGGUUUCUUCCGGCGCAGCAUCCAACAGAACAUCCAGUAUAAGAAGUGUGUGAAGAACGAGAGCUGCACCAUCGUGAGGAUCAACAGGAACCGCUGUCAGCAGUGUCGCUUCAGGAAGUGUUUGUCUGUGGGCAUGAGCCGCGACGCGGUUCGUUUCGGUCGGAUCCCGAAGCGUGAGAAACAGAGGAUGUUGGCAGAGAUGCAGAGCGCCAUGAACAACAUGGUGAACAACCAGCUGCAGAACGACUUCCAGCUUGCCAGCCUCUCCUCCUCCUCUUCCUCCUCCUCGUCGUCUUCGUCAUCCUCCUCCUCCUCCUCCUCUCCCUGCCCGGGCGUCACCAUCGCUCCCCAGCCCCAGCCCUCCGCCCUGCCACUCGCUCCUUCCUCCCCCUCAGCUCCCGCCCCUGCUUCCUCCUCCUCACCUCCUCCUCUUCCUCCUCCCCCGUGUCAGAGCCCACCCUCCUCCUCCUCUUCGUCCUCCUCCUCCUCCUCCCCCUCCCCACCUCCCAGCCCGGGGCUGGACUCCACCAUCAGCGCCAUCGCCCGUGCUCACCGAGAGACCUUCCUGUACGCCCAUGACAAGCUGACCAAUCCCUACGCGGCACCUCAGCAGCAGCAGCAGAAUAACCACGCCCACCACCACAAUGGGGAGGCGGAGCCCUGGGGGCCCAACCGCUGCCCCAACGGUUACCACGCCAACGGCCUCAACACCAUCUAUCACCACAACAACAACCUCGGGGCGGGGCGCUACCUGCCGCCGGACAACGGUCGCAACGGCACACACCACCAUCACCACAGCAACGGGAGGCGGAGCCAGCAUAACAGUAAUGUGACUGGAGGAGACAGCCUUGGCGAUCAUGUGACCCCGGGCCAGAAGUGUCCGAUGAAGAACCGCACGGGGAUAGUGCUGGCCUGUCCCAUGAACAUGCAGCCUCACGCCGACCCCUCAAAGACCCCUCAGGAGAUCUGGGAGGACUUCUCUCUGUCCUUCACCCCCGCCGUCAGAGAGGUGGUGGAGUUCGCCAAACAUAUCCCAGGAUUCAGUGCUCUGACCCAGAACGACCAGGUCACCCUGCUCAAGGCCGGCACCUUCGAGGUGCUGAUGGUGCGCUUUGCGUCCCUGUUCGACGUGAAGGAGCAGACGGUGACCUUCAUCUCUGGCGCCACCUACAGGCUGGAGGAGCUGCGGGCGAUGGGGAUGAACGAGCUGCUGGGAGCCAUGUUUGACUUCAGCUACAAACUGGCUGUGCUGGAUCUGAGCGCCCAGGAGCUGGGGCUGUUCACUGCCGUGGUGCUGGUGUCAGCAGACCGGUUUGGUAUCGAGAACGUGGCGUCCGUGGAGCAGCUGCAGGAGAACCUCAUCAAGGCGCUUCGCUCGCUGGUCAACAAACCCGCCAUCGACGCCGGCAACAACCAUCACAACCUCGACUCGCCACGUUUCACCAAACUGCUGCUGAAGCUGCCCGACCUGCGGACACUCAACAACAUGCACUCUGAGAAGCUGCUGUCCUUCCGCAUCGACGCCUGAUGACCUCACCAAUGACCUCACCGAUGACCUCACCACACUCUGUUCAGACUCAGAUCAGUGUCACUUCCUGUGGUCCUUGAUGAUAACUAUGACAUCAUAUGGUGCUUUCUAUUGCUGUGACGUCGGCUCGUCACAUCAUCGUAACAAGUGAUGUGCUAAUGAUGUCAUCACUGCCAACUCCGUCAACGUUGCAAUGACUGACAGUGAUGAUGUCAUCAACAGUUCAACUGCUCAGCACGCAGCUCACCGCCAAAAUAAGAGUCUGUAGCCUGCCUAGCACACUGACGGGCCAAGUUAAAGGAACAGUCAGACAUUUUAAUCUGUGUGAAUCCAGGACUCAGUGUUAGCCUAGCUUAGCACAAACAGGAGGAAAUAAAUCACCAGCCGUUCAUGAACACAGAAAUUACUCUCUCAAAAUACUUUAAUGUUGUCACUUUAACGGGUAUGUUAGUAUUUAUAGGGUUAAUAAUUCAGAUUCAGUUUGAUAGUGAUGACAUCAACAAUUAGCUUAGACGCUAACUGCUACUAAAACCACAGUGUUCCUGUUUAUAUUUCUGUUUCUUCACCUGAUCGAUACACGUCACGUGACUCAGAGUUUAAACUGUUGGAAGGUGGAGAUCUGUUCAGAUGGAGGCUAACAGUUUCCCUCUGCUUCCAGCCUUUACGCUAAGCUAAGCUAAGCUAAGCUAACAGUUUCCCCCUGCUUCCAGUCUCUGUGCUUAGCUAUGCUAACAGUUUCCCCCGCUUCCAGCCUUUGUACUAAGCUAGGCUAACAGUUUCCCCCUGCUUCCACUCUUUGUGCUAAGCUAGGCUAAUAGUUUUCCUCUGCUUCCAGCCUUUGUGCUAAGUUAGGCUAACAGUUUCCCCCUGCUUCCACUCUUUGUGCUAAGCUAGGCUAAUAGUUUUCCUCUGCUUCCAGCCUUUGUGCUAAGUUAGGCUAACAGUUUCCCCCUGCUUCCACUCUUUGUGCUAAGCUAGGCUAAACGGGACCAUCUAUUAAAAAUCGGGAAACAUCCAGAGCUUCCAAACUCCACGUUGACGUGCAGAGAAAAAAAAACAGUGUAGAUUUAAUGACGCCAUCUUAACGCCAUCAUCUCCCGACCGACACCAGCCAAUGCUACGCAGGAGUGGCUGUGACAGACAGCUCCACGGACCAAUGAGACAGAGGGACGAUGUGUUUGGGUCCAAUCAGAGAGUCCGACGUUACAGCUCGUCUCUCUAGCGAACUUCUGUAUAAGUCUGUAAAUAUUCAUAAAUAUCUGCUGAAGCUUGAACUGUUUGAAGAACUGUGUUUGACACACAAAGAUUUGACACAUUAUAUUUUUUGUUAAUAUGAACAAUAUGCCUGUGCAAAUAUUAUGACUGUAUCAUGUGUGUGGGGCACAAACAGUGUUGAGUAUGAAACGCAUCUAAUGGA